GGCCGGGUCAGCGAGAUGUGCAGGCUGGUGAUGGCAUGCGAGUUGGGCACAGUGGAGCGGCAGCUCUCGACGACAAGGUCCAGCGCUGGUAUUGGCCGAAGCUGCAGAUAAACAUGACCCGCCCAACCGCCCUUGACGUGGCCGUGAUCUAUGUUUAGCACAAUCAGUAUGCUUGUUCUGGGCCAUUGUAAUGUAUGCUGGGCUUUUGUACAUGUUUUGCUUUCCUUGCUCCAUGCCUGCUGGGGGAGGGAGGCAGAAUUUUACCUGCAAAUGGCGGGCAGUACACCCUACUGCCCCCGCUACCGCUGCCACCGCUGCCACCGCUGCCAUUGCUAUUUCUGCUGCUACUGCUAUCGUCACUGGAGUAGUCCACCAGUCUUAGCGCCAUUGUUCCCUGGAGUUUUAUUGUUUUACCGGUAUCCGAUAUUGGGGUAGUGUGAAAAAAAGAAAGAGAUAUGCGUACAAGAGGAACCAAUUUCUAACUACCUACCCAGCCCCAUGUCUAGUUAUUUUUCUGCC